AUGACUAUACUCAUCCUUAUGUUCUUUUUGAAUAGAAAUUUACUUCAGAGCCAUCACGUUAUAACUUAACUUCAGAUAAAUUCAUCUUAACUUUUGGCUUAUAAAAUUCUACUUCUUAGCAUUAUAUUGAUCCUACAGUUUAUAAUGCUACUCUUUUUAUUAAAUAAACUAUAAAAACUAAAAAUGAAGCCACUGGGUAAUUCGUAGCUAGUACAACAAUAAGAACAGUAAAAACAGAGCCAUGCAGGAUAGAUCAUUUCAAUAUUCCUGAAGUUAAUAACUAUUUUAUUUCAUUAAGCUACAAAGAUAUGUAUUGUAUUAGUUAAGAAGAGUCGGAUUUAUAUAUUUAAGGAUAAUUCGAUGCUCAGCACUAUUCAGCUUUAGAGCUUAAGGUUGGCUAUUUACUACGUAGACUACUCUGCUAUUCCUUCUGAUAAAACAAAACCUUUCUAACCCCUUGGAAGGUAAUCAUUUUGGAUCUCUGGACCAGAGUUUACUAAAUAGACAAAUAUUAAUUUUAGAAACACCUAUUUGAAUUCUGAUUACGGACUAAUGGGAACUGAUAUAUAAACAACUAAUACGUUGACAUUCAGUGGAGAUAGAGAGUAGGUUUCGCCUAAAUCAGGAAAUCUUCUCUAUGAUUGUUAUAUUUCAUUUGAAAAAAAUGUAGAUAAUAUAUACAACAGAUCAUAUCAAAAGCUUGAUAGAUCACUAUCUUAGCUUGGUGGUAUAUUUAAUAUAUUUUUUACAGUGGGAGCUAUAAUUUGCAGGCCUUUAUCUCAAAUAGAAUUAGAUUCAAAGCUAAUAAAUCGAUUAUUUAAUUUUGAAAACCCAACUUAAGAAUCAAAUAAAAAAAAAUAGGAUAAAAAAAGGAAUUUUAAAGAUAGUGAAAAGAAAAAAGAAAUUUAUACCCAAGCAGCUGAUUAAAUUUUGAUUACAAAAGAAGAUUAAUAAAAAACAUCAUUCAAAUAUGAAUUAUAGAACACAUUCUAUUAAAAAUCCCAAAUUUCUUUUGGGUAAAAAGGUGAUGGUGAGUAAUUAAAUGUCUAUUAAAAUAGGCCUUUACAAAAACUAGAAAGAGUAAACUCUACAAAAAUGAAAAAAACUUAUUAAGAGAAAUUAAAAACUUUAAAAAAAGGAGAAAAUAAAGAUAGUAACAAAAAGAGCAAGAAAGAGAUAGAAAAAGAGGCAAAAGAGCUAAAUGACAUUUUCUCUUAAAAUAAAGUUUCAUUUUAAGGUUGGGAAUAUUUUGCCAAUUACUUUAAAUUUUUAAAACUUUGUAAAAGGAGAAGGUGUGAACUCCUUUAAAAAGGUUUAGAUGGAUUAUAUAAUUAAAUUGAUAUUUUUUACAUUAUUUAAAAGCUUUUUGAGGUUGAAAAAUUGAAGCGACUUUUACUUAACGAAAAUUAAAUUAAGUUAUUUGAAUUUAUCCCAAAACCUGUUUUAUCUCUGGAUGAAAAAAAAUCAAAUAACCUAUCUGAUAAAAUUGGGUUAAGAGAUAAAUAUGAAAAUUAUAUAAAGUAGAAAACAAGCGAAGUCUAAGAGGCUUUCUAGAAAUUAAUAAACUCAAAAACAAAACCUUCUAAAAUAGACAUAAGGAUUUUAGAACUACUAGAUCCUCAAUUUAAAUAAUUCCUUUCAGAUUUAGGUGAUAUAAAACGAGAAUCAACUAAAUUAAGGCAAAAUACUAUAUUAGAAUCAUAAUAAAAAAGUAUCUUUCAAAAAGAAGAUUUUAUAUUAGAUAAUUUGUAAGUACCGAUUGAGGAAUGUAGUUCGCAAUAAAAAUCAUAAUAUUUUAAUUUUACUCCAAGCAAAACAUUGGGUAGUAUAUAUUCAAGUUAAAAAAAAGUAGAUUUAUCUAACCUGUACCCUAUUUGA